AUGGCUGAAGGAAUGGAUGGACUUGGUUAUUCUUCUUCCUUACCUUCAGUAUUUAAGCCAGUGCUUCCCGGGGUAUCUUAUAUCGCUACCAUAUUCCUAGUAUCUAAAGUGUUCUCUCUAUGCAAAGGUGUUUUUGGCGGACAGAUAAAGGGAGAAGAACUAUUACUAACUAUCCUUCUUCUGGAGAACCUUAAUGUUAGUAGCUCACUCAUCAAGUUUCUUUUACUACUAUUCCCAUGA